AUGAGUCUAGUAAAAUCAUUUGAAUAGGCCCUAAAAUAAAACGAUGUUCUAUCAAAGGUGUUACCACUAUUGAAGUUCAUCAAUUAGACUAUCCCAUUUCCAUAAAAGCAUUGCUUGAUUAAUGAACCUAGGAUAAUUAGAUUUUUACUAUAAUUACAUGUUCUAAUCCCGGAUACCAUAGAUAUGAUUCUAAUUUCCCUACUAAAUAUAUUCAAACACUCUAAGGAAUGGGUUGACGGUUGUUUUAAAGCGAUUGAAGAAUACGCAUAACUUCCAAAUCAAGGAAAUGGAAAAUAUGUCGCCUUGGAAUUUUUGGAAACUGUUUUAACCGAGAUCUCAGAGCCAGAGUAAUAUAAUAAGUUGUUAACAUUAGUUUUGAUAUCGAUGAUAGGUGUUAUGCUUUCAUUAUAUUUCUUUAACAUGCAGAAGAUGAGAAAUUAGUAAGGGCAGUCAUGAAAAAAGUAGGAUAAAUCUAGUAACAAUUGGGACAUAGAAUGAAAUCUGCAAAUCAACUCAAUUAGCUAAUUGAAGAAAGUAAUUUAAAAUAAUUGAUUAAAGAAUAGCUGUAUUAAAAUUAUACCAAGAAGAGGUUUAAAAGAAUUCGGAUGAAUUUCAUUAUUAGAAUGUUGCCAUAGAAUUAUAAGAGAAGGGUAGCUAAGCAAGAAAGGGUUCAAAACCAAAAAUGUCAUUAAUGGCCAUGAAUAUACUUUAAUCCUA